AUGGAGGAACCUCAGGUGCAAGACCCCUACAAGGUGGAUGGGCCGUAUAUCGAGGCCACCGAUUGGGCGUUGCCUUACCAGGCGGCUUUCCUCAGGGAAAAUAAUACCCAGAAUAUCGAGAUGUAUAAGCAUGUCAACUGUGGCUAUCUAUCCACGCCAGGACGGCCGCCCACGCUCGCAGCGCUCAAGAAGCAUGCACAGUCCCUCACCCAUCUCAUUGCGCAAAUCGCUCCAUCGCAAGGCCCUGGGGAGAUCAACAACAAGCACGCCGGCGAGCCUUGUGCGCGGAGUUUCGUGGCUGGUGAAGCGUUUGAUUGGCUGAAUGACCUAGAGGAGCCGUACAAGUCCCUGGAAUCACAGCACCACCGCCCCCUGAACAGCCUCGUCAAUAUCACUAAACACAACAGUGAUACGCUUGGCGUUGAGUUUCACUGUCCUCUGGAGGAUCCUACGACUAAGCGUUCAGUCAAGGCCGAGGAUGCAAAGUGGCUCGCCCAACGAGGCCAGGAGGAGGCGGAUUACCAGGAAGAGCGGCUCGUGAAACCAUUUGCGCGGCACUGGAACAUCCUGCGGCACGCCAAUGACUGCCUGGAGAUCCUGGACCACGAAUUCUCGAGCACCGGCGGCCUCCUUUCGAUCUUGCCGACUGAGCAUGAGGUUGAGGCGGAGCAGCUCGACAUUGCGAAGAACACCCUGAUUGGACAGUGGUUGGUCUUCACGCAGCAGCUCGUAGCCCGCAUGCAUGACCUCGAGAUUGCCUAUGCCAACAGCCUCGAGCUUCUCGGCGGCGAAGCAGUAAUUCCAUUGCAGCAUAUGAGCGCGCACGGUCCAGACGGUCGUUCUGGCCGGGAGAUUGUGUUUCCUCAAGAUCGCUGGAUCUUGGCCAACGCGGGAGACGAUGUCUUGGGAUAUCUGCAUCAGGUCUUAGACAAGAAGCAAGACCACCUUGAACGCACCGAAUCCGAGGUCAGAGCCAUGGGUGUCUCCGGUGAAACUCUUCACGAUGUCCCUACUGAUUCGGAGCGUGGCAUCGUCUCUGUAGACCUCAUCACACGUUUUUAUCGACUCAAGGGCUCUGGCAGCGACCGCGGUCCAAUCUUCAUUCUACCAGCCUUUGCUGACCGCCCUGGUACCAAGUACACCAGAAUGAUGGAAGAUAGACCAACUGUAGUGUCUAUGAUGGCCCCUAAAUUCCCUGAGAGGCUUAGUGAAUGGGAGUCGAAGAACAAGAACAGAGAAGAUGUCCGCCGCGAUUUGUUCAUGAAGACCACGGAACAAGCCCAGCAUGUCCACACCUUGCAGAAAGAAAAGGAGCGACUAGAAAGCGAAAUUGACCUGUCUCGUCUUAGUGUGGAAAAUAUGAGGGCAUCAGUUACCCCCGCCCAAGCAAACACAGCCCAGAAGCUCGAUCAAUUGCAGAAAGAACUGCAGGAAUCCAAGGCCAGGGAAGAGAAAGUAAGACAGCGCGCAGAGGCCGCUGAGGCCCAGGUCCAGUCAUUGAUGCCCAAUAACUUCUCCUGGACUGAGCUCGCAGGAACUAUUCCGCGGGACUUGGAUGGUAAUGUCACCGAGCGUGCUCUAAAGGCAUUGUUGCAAUCUCUGAAGAAAUCGAACGACGACAAUCUGAUCCUCCAGAGAACCGUUGGGAGCCUGCAGAGCGACUUGAGGGCGAACAAGUCGGCUGUUUGA